AUGCUUCCUACCUCCGACCCCUUGUUCCACCAACUACAGAAACUUGCAGAACCAAGAGCAGCUGCUCAAAAUCAAACGAGGGUGUCGCCCCCAUCUCCAUAUACAAGGAUUAAUACCCCAGAUUUCGUUCGCGCCGAAAACGAGAUGAGCCGGAAGAUGCUGAUGAUAACGAUGAAUGCAUGUCCUGGGAGUCUGGCCCUAGAAAUGGCAGCCGUGACCACCACGCCCUCGUUACCAUCCAUGUCAACGCAUCGAUCAACGUGCGAGGGAAGGCAACCCCGUAAUCAUACCAUCUGUGGCAGGUCCAUGGCAAGACAGCAACCCUACGACACCUUCCUCGCUACCAAGUUCUAUGACAACGAUGAUGAUGCUGUACCCAGCACAGCGACAUCACUAGACCAAGUUAACAAACAUGGUGACGUGUAUUAUUAUUGCCCUUAG